AUGUUGGAUAGCUUCGAGAUUCUGUCCACGUCCGGCGUUGUGCUCUGGUCCAAGACGUACGUACCGGUUGGCGCCAAUAUCGUCAACAGCCUCAUCCGCGAUGUGUUCAUAGAAGAGCGCACCAAACCCGCCGCCGACGAUGGUGCGGGCAGCAAGCCUAUGUACAAGAAGGAGGGCUACACUCUGAAGUGGACUACCGCGAAAGACUUGGGCCUCAUAUUCGUGGCAGUCUACCAGUCGCUCGUCCACCUCACCUGGAUAGACAAGCUCCUCGACAACGUCCGCGCCCUCUUCACCGAAUUGUACAAAGACCAGUUGAGACAGCCCUACACCAGCGCGGUAGACUGCCCCUUCGACGACUACUUCGACCGCCAAGUCCAAGAGCUUGAGAAGACAGCCGACAGGACGGCCACACGACCCUUCGAGCCGACGCCUACUGUAGAGUUCACGCCGCCCUCGAGCUCAGGAACAGACAAUGGACCUGAUGCGCCGCCGCCUAUGCCAGGGCUGCGCAAGGCUCCCCAGAAGUCCGUGUACAGCGACACCACAUCCACAGACGCUACGCCCGUCCCAACACCCGAGACAUCCCGCCCCGCGUCUCCCGCCGUGAGCCACCUCCUCACGGCCAAGGGCGGCCCACCACGCGCCUCGCGCCGCGCGAAGAAGAAGGCGUCAGCGACAUCCGCGCCCCAGUCCUCCGGCGACGAGUCUCCUGCGCAUCGCAUGCGAGACAAGAAAGCCGCGGCCAAGAAGGGCGCAAGAAAGUGGGACGACUUCGGCAUGAUGGACGAGGAUAGCACGGAUAAUCUCGACUACUCGACUACCGACCUUGCUGGCAGCACCGAUGCGCCAGCGGCCGUGGAAGCGAUUGACAGCGCGUCAUGGGGAAAGCGGACGGGCAAGGGCGAAUUCGUGCUCAAGGAUCUGGACGAGGAGAUGGAUUCGAUACUGGCGAAUGCGGGCGCAAAGAAGGCGAGCAGUGAGCCCGCGAGCGGGAUCGUGGGAUCCAGUCUUGGCGCCGUCAGCGGACUGUUCAGGAACGUGGUGGGCGGGAAGACGUUGACGAAGGAGGAUCUGGCGAAGCCGCUGAAGGAGAUGGAGGACCAUCUCCUGCGGAAGAACGUGGCUAGGGAGGCAGCUGUCCGAUUAUGCGAGAGCGUGGAGCGGAAUCUGAUAGGGCUGAAGACCGGCUCCUUCACCAGCGUCGACCAAACAAUCCAAACAGCCAUGGAAUCCGCCCUCACAAAGAUCCUCACCCCAACAUCCUCCCUCGACCUCCUGCGCGAAAUCCAAGCCGUCACAGCACCGAACCCCCUAAACCCCCUCGCCGCCCCGCGCCCCUACGUCCUCUCCAUUGUCGGCGUAAACGGCGUCGGUAAAUCCACCAACCUGUCCAAAAUCUGCUACUUCCUGCUGCAGAACAAAUACCGCGUGCUCGUCGCCGCGGGCGACACCUUCCGCUCGGGCGCCGUCGAGCAGCUGCGCGUGCACGUGCGGAAUCUGUCCGAGCUGUCCGCGCGCGAGGGCGGAAGCGUCGAGCUCUUCGAGCGCGGCUACGGGAAGGAUGCCGCGAAUAUCGCCGCGGACGCCGUGGCCUACGCCGCAGCCAACGCGUUCGAUGUCGUGCUCAUCGAUACCGCGGGCCGAAGACAUAACGACGCGCGCCUCAUGAGCUCGCUGGAGAAAUUCGCGAAGCUGGCGCGCCCGGACAAGAUCCUCAUGGUUGCGGAGGCGCUGGUCGGGAGUGAUAGUGUGGCGCAGGCGCAGAACUUUAAUGCUGCGUUUGGGGCUGGGAGGAGACUGGAUGGGUUUGUGAUUUCCAAAUGUGAUACUGUGGGGGAUAUGGUGGGGACGCUUGUUAGUAUGGUGCACGCGACGGGCGUACCGGUCGUAUUUUUGGGCACGGGGCAGCAUUAUGGGGAUUUGAGGGGGUUGAAUGUUAAGUGGGCUACGCGGCUGCUGAUGAGUUAG